GUCAAGACUGAGCCAACCCUGACCGCAGCUGGGCAGUGGCCAGACCCUGGGCUUCUCUGCUGGGAAGAGCGGCCAGAACGUGUGUGGGCGGGUGGAGUGCCGGCGGGUGGAGACCCAGGUCCCUACACAAACAAGCUUUGGAGACAAACAACCUCAUGACCCUUUGAGGCUGGGUGAGACUCCAAGAAAGGGCCCUUGGGACUGAACUACACAGAGGGGCCAGGAGACUGAGAAGACUCCAAAGGGGGACCCUGGCCUCCUGCCAGACAGAGGAGUCUCCACUGAGAGGCCACCACAGAAGGGUCCCUAAGACACAAACACUUCAAAAGGACCCCCAGACAGUGAGACCUAGACAGGAAGGGGUUUCUGGAAGUGAAUACCUGGGUGCACUGAGGUCAGCCCUGUGAGGACAUCAGCUCCAGCCCCGGGGUCCUAAUGGCAGCUGAGCCACUGACUGAGCUGGAGGCGGCCAUCGAGACAGUGGUCACCACCUUCUUCACCUUUGCAGGGCGGGAGGGCCGGAAGGGCAGUCUCAGCAUCAAUGAGUUUAAGGAACUGGUCACUCAGCAGUUGCCUCACCUGCUCAAGGAUGUGGGCUCCUUAGAUGAGAAGAUGAAGAGCUUGGAUGUGAAUCAGGACUCAGAGCUCAAGUUCCACGAGUACUGGAGACUGAUUGGAGAGCUGGCCAAAGAGAUCAGGAAGGAGAAGGCCCAGGAGAUCCAGAAGAAGUAAACCCCACUGUCUAGGGUGGGGGCUGGUAGGGCAGGGCCAGGCAGAACCCACUUCCCCCAAAUAAAGACUUCUCCUUGAAGCACAAAUGUUUCUUAUUCACACCCCACCCUGAUUUCUUCUUUUCAGACUAGGGGGUGGAAAAGCUCUGCUCUGAGGGUGGGUCCAAAAAUUAUGAGCUCCUUGAGGACCAGGAAUGUUAUUCAUCUUUGAAUAUUCCGCAUCUGGCAUCUAAUACCAGAUCUUGUACAGGAUAGGUGCUCAAUAAAUAAAUGGUUGAUGAAUGAA